UCUCGUCCCACGGGAGGAACCGACUCAGAAAACGCGAGAAAGUGAGGGAAAACGCGAGAAAGUGAAGGACUUGAGAGAAAAAUGGCGGACGAUGAGGUAUGGCAAUGCAUGAGACACCCAUCGAAAUGGCGUCGCAGCGGAGUCUGUCCAAUCUGCCUCCACGAACGCCUCUCCUCUCUCUGCCCCGAUUGCGCCCACUCGCUUCCCUGCUCGUGCAGAUCACGCGCCGUCGCCUCUCCCUCCUCCUCCUCCUCCUCUUCAUCCUUCUCCCUCUUCUCUUAUCCCGGAGACUCUGACGUCGCCGGAGAUGCUCCAUUCACCGGGAUCGGAUCCGUGGGCAGAGUCGCGAGUCUGAUUGAGUGCGAACAGGCGUUUCGGAGAUCAAAAUCAAUGGCGGUUCCGUUUUCCGGUCCGGGUAAUUCGGAUCCGAUAACGGAAACCGGGUCGGGUCAGGGGAUGAGCAAGAAGACGGCGUCGUUUUGGAGGUUGUUCAGGGGGAACAAGGGAGAGUCCAAGACGACGGCGGAGAUGAUGAGGAAAUCUAGAUCCCUGACAGUUUCCGACGCCGGAGAAUCAAGAUUCUCGGCGGAGAUGGCGGGAAAGGGGAAAGGCUGGUACUUUCCGAGCCCGAUCAAGGUUUUCCGACGAGCUAGAGUGACCAAGGUGGUGUUUCACCAACGGUCUCCUUUGUACAGAGGUUGAAUGUUUUUUUUUCUUCGAAUUAAUCAUUUUGUUCUUAUUUGCUUAAAGUUUUAUAGUUUGAUAAAUCA